UGAGAAUGGUGAGUCUGUCGCCUAACAGUUCAUUAAAAUUUGGAUCAUGUGACAUGCGGGAUGCAACUUUAAGUAAAGAGCGGCAGCAGCAUUGGUUUGGAUUUCUCGGCCGCUCCAGUGAUGCUGGCCGUGAACUUUUCUUUUGCUAAUCUAUGAACUUGUAUUUCAGCAAAUAUAUAUGAUUUUUUUCUGUUCCUUUUCCCCUUUGCUGUAAGAUUACCAUCCCACUAUAUUAAGUUUUUCGUAAGGCUGAAUUCCUGGAAUAACGUUGUGUUCUUAAAAUUAAAGAACAAUUACUUUGAAGGUACACCAAGAAAAGUUGCAAAUUUUGGGAAAUAUAUAUAUAUGUUGGAGGUUUUACCUUAUAGAAAAAUGUUAGUCUCUCCUCUAUUUUAUAAUAUUGGAUUGAAUUAAUUGAAUCGAGUUCAUAAGCUUAGGUAGAUAAAAUACCAAGCCAUUGACCCUCUCCCAAAAGAAAAAAAACACCAAGCUUUCUCCUGGCAAAAAGAGAAAUUAUUCUUAAAUAAGAGUCUUGUUCUGAUAAUAAUACUUGUGCACGUAAUGAAAUUGAAAAUAGAUAAAUAAAUAACUCAACAUAAAGAAAAGGAAAAAUAGAACAUGUGUAAAAGUCUCCUUCACAAACGAUCAUUUCUAAUUUCUAAUCCCUCUUUCUUUCUUAACUGCUAUUUUCUCACUCUACUCUUCUCCUCUUGCUUACCAUGUCCAUGCCCAUCUUUUCUUUCUCCAACCUGCAACCCUAACCCUAAAACCAACCACCAAUGUCACCCCCCACAACAACACCCUUUAAGUCGCCACUCCCCAAAACCUCACUUUCUUCCAACUUUACCCCCAAAAUUCUCCUCACGCUACACCUAACUACCUUUCCCUCCAAACCUAACAGAAAAAAAUCCAAUCUUUCCUUAAAAACUCUCUGCUCAAAACCCCCACCAAAUCCCCAUAAAACCUUAACUCUAACCCUAAUUUCCCUUCUCCGCGCAAUCCCAGACUGGUCUGACCGGAUAAAAGAGAGAGGAAUGCAACAAAAACGCACUCUAUACAACCACAAUAAAUGGGUCGAACACAGGAGUUCACUUCGCCAUUUACGCCACUUACUCUCAAGUCUACAGUCACGUGUAAUUUUAUCACUAAUACCUCCUGUCAUUGCCUUUACUUCGGUUGCUGUGAUCAUUGCUAGCUAUAAUUCAGCUGUUGAGAUGCAUUUCUUCCCUGGGUUUUUCCCUGUUCUCAGAGCUUCUUCCUUGCCUUAUCAGUUGACUGCUCCGGCAUUGGCUUUGUUGCUUGUUUUUAGGACAGAAGCUUCUUAUUCCAGAUAUGAAGAGGGGAGAAAAGCUUGGACUAAGGUUAUUUCGGGUGUUAAUGAUUUUGCUAGACAGGUUAUUGCUACUGUUGACAAUUCAAAAGAUGCUGUGCUUAAAAAUGCUCUCUUGCAAUAUGUUAUAGCCUUUCCAGUGGCUCUUAAGUGCCAUGUGAUUUAUGGGUCAGAUAUUAACAGAGACCUUCGAAACUUGCUUGAAGUAGAUGAUCUAGCUAUGUUACUCAAUUCUAGGCAUCGGCCUCGUUGCAUUAUUGAGUUCAUUUCACAAAGCCUUCAAUUGCUCAACUUAGAGGAAUCAAAGAGACAUCUGCUGGAGUCGAAAAUUUCAUGUUUGCAUGAAGGAAUUGGUGUUUGUGAACAACUCAUGGGAAUUCCCAUUCCACUCUCAUAUACGCGCUUGACAUCAAGAUUUCUGGUCCUUUGGCAUCUAACACUUCCUAUAAUACUUUGGGAUGAUUGCCACUGGAUUGUUGUUCCUGCAACUUUUAUCAGUGCUGCUUCCUUGUUCUGCAUAGAAGAAGUUGGUGUUCUGAUCGAGGAACCAUUUCCAAUGUUAGCACUUGAUGAGCUUUGUAAUCUAGUUAACAGCAACAUUCAGGAAGCAAUUGCAACUGAGAAAGCCAUUCAAAAUCAACUCAUUGCAAAGAGAAAGAGACAUGCUUGUGAGCACUCGACAAACGGUUGGCCUAACUCAUAAGCUGGGAGGAGUCUAAACUCUUAAACUUAAAACCUAAUCUCACAGAACAAUCUUCUCUCAUCUAUAAGCCUCACAUUGCAUGUUGAAGCAUUCAAAUAUGUAUAUAUACAAUCUAAUUUAAGCUUCAAAUCGUAGUCCAGCUGGAGCAUUCAGAUAUACGCACAGGAAGCAUUCUGCCUUUGAGAAGUCUGGUAUCCAAUGCAUUUUCUGUAUAUAGAGCAAUGUCACUGUAAAUGUUAUUGUUGCAUAUAUUAUUUCAUCUUGAUAUCUUUCCUGAACAA